UUGUUUUGGGCGAAAUUCAUGUAAAAAAAAAUCACAAAUUUCUGUAGCGGCAUGUUUUUUAAAAAGUGCUGCUUUUUCCUGCCCCUCAACGUGGGUUGCAUAAUCAUUGGAGCCAUCUUCAUAACAUUUCACGUUGGGGAGCUGAUAACGCAUUCGGAUGACACCAUUUUCAUCAAGCAAGUGUCCCACAAAUGGUGGGCACCCGUCAUCAUGUCUCCGAUCCUGACAAUUGGAACUCUGAGCUCUAUACUCCUUGUGUAUGCUGCUUCGAAGAGCAAGCGAGGCUUUGUCCUUAUGUGGAUUAUCAUCUAUGCAAUUAUACUAUCCCUAUAUUUCCUAAUGGCCGUUGUCCAGUUGGCCAGGUCGAAACCUUCGCCGAUUAUAUUGGCCGUUCAGGUGUUCAUCAUAGUUGGUCUCGUUUAUUCCCUGCUAAUAGUGCUGGCUUUUUAUCGAUAUUUGAGCAGUGUGGAUUCUGACGAUUCAAUUUGAUGAGUUGUAAAAUAAAUGUUAAACUAACGUGUAACUG